UGUCCUCCUUUGCUGAUGGUGCGCCUCCUCCACCUGCCCCGGCCUCCCGCUCCCACCUACCGCCCCCUCCUCCCCCCACCCCCGCGGCUGCGACUGGCCGCGUCGACCUCCUCCCCCCUCGCCGCCAUGUCCACGGCGGCGCAGCAGGCGCUCGCGGACCAGAAGCGCGCGGUGCGGUCCGACGUGCGCAGGGCGCUCAAGGCCCUCUCCCCCGACCAGCGGGCCAGCGAAGACCUGGCUAUCCAGAGCAAUAUUAUGAACUCUUCUUGGUUCAAAGCGAGCAAAAGGCUGUGCGCCUACAUAAGCUGCGCGCAAUUACGAGAAGUUGACACAACAAAAAUACUUGCGGAGGUUCUAUCCCCGAAUUCUGAACACGAUGGACAGGCAAAGGAUAUCUAUGUUCCUCGGGUGGAAGAUAAAAACCGCAAUAUGAGGAUGUUCAAAAUCACGACCAUGGAUGAUCUAGUUAAAAAUUCAAUGAACAUUCUGGAACCGUCGCCACUGGAUGCCAGUGGGAAUGCUCGUGAAGAAGUGUUGUCAGCAUCAUCCCCUGUUGAUCUUCUUCUAUUACCUGGACAAGCUUUUGACAGAACUGGCCGAAGACUAGGACGUGGUGGAGGGUACUAUGACACAUUCUUGAUGAGAUACCAAGAACUUGCUAAAGAGAAAGGGUGGAGUCAGCCUCUUCUAGUUGCACUUUCAUACUCGGUCCAAAUUCUGGAGGAAGGCAUCAUCCCAGUCAACUCAACUGAUGUUCCUAUUGAUGCUCUGGUCACAUCCUCUGGCAUUAUUCCAAUCAGUCCGGCAGCAUUGGAGAGGGUGCAACGAAGCUGAUUGGUUUCCACUAUGCCCUGAGUUGCUGACAGCAGAAACCCGUUCCUGAGUUCUGCUUAACAAAGCUGGGAAUUGUGUAUUUUGCUUGUGGCUUUCUGUUUUAGCGUUUCAAUUUUCAAUUGAGCGAAGUUGGCUAUACUGUAGCAUCUGUAUUUGAAACAUGAGCUGAUUUUAGCUGACAUUGUAAUGGUGCCCAUGAUUAAACAAUUUAUGAACUCCAUGGUAUUCUGAAA